CAAUAAAGCUUGACAUUGAAAUUGAAAGCGCCUCCCUGGUGGCGAGCUAGGGGAAGGGGCGCUCGGGCGGGCGGCUGGUUUGCUGGCUAUGCGCCUGCGCACAGCAGCCGGGCAGGUGGCUGGUGUGUUGUUGUUCGGCGGUGGCGGCGGCAAGAUGGCGGCGCACGGGGGCUCUGCGGCCUCCUCGGCGCUCAAAGGGUUAAUCCAGCAGUUCACCGCCAUCACGGGUGCCAGUGAAAGCGUGGGGAAACAUAUGCUUGAAGCAUGCAACAAUAAUCUAGAGAUGGCUGUCACUAUGUUUCUGGAUAGUGGAGGCAUAGCAGAGGAGCCCAGCACCAGUUCAGCAGCGGUGUCAACUGUCCGACCAGAUACAGAGGAUGAAGUACGAGCACCAAUUCCACAAAAGCAGGAAAUUUUGGUAGAGCCGGAGCCCUUGUUUGGAGCUCCUAAACGACGCAGACCUGCCCGUUCAAUAUUUGAUGGUUUUCGGGAUUUUCAAACAGAAACCAUUCGACAGGAGCAGGAGCUGCGGAAUGGAGGUGCAAUAGAUAAGAAACUCACUACCCUUGCAGACCUCUUCAGGCCUCCCAUCGAUCUGAUGCACAAAGGCAGCUUUGAAACGGCCAAAGAGUGUGGUCAGAUGCAGAAUAAAUGGCUCAUGAUUAACAUCCAGAAUGUGCAGGACUUCGCAUGUCAGUGUCUCAACCGUGACGUCUGGAGCAACGAGGCUGUGAAGAACAUUAUCCGGGAGCAUUUCAUUUUUUGGCAGGUAUACCAUGACAGUGAGGAAGGACAGAGAUACAUACAGUUUUAUAAACUGGCAGAUUUCCCUUAUGUCUCCAUUCUGGACCCCAGGACAGGCCAGAAAUUAGUGGAAUGGCACCAACUGGAUGUAACUUCUUUUUUGGACCAAGUGACUGGUUUCCUGGGUGAGCAUGGGCAACUGGAUGGACAUUCUACCAGCCCUCCCCAAAAAUGUUCCCGCUCUGAGAGCCUCAUUGAUGCUAGUGAGGAUAGUCAGAUGGAAGCUGCCAUCAGGGCCUCCCUGCAGGAGACGCAUUUUGAUUCCUCUCAGGUCAAACAGGACAGCCGAUCAGAUGAGGAGUCUGAAUCUGAGCUUUUCUCUGGAAGUGAGGAGUUUAUUUCUGUUUGUGGCUCUGAUGAUGAUGAUGAUGAUUCCGAGAAUCCUACCAAGUCUAGAAAGUCUCCACACAAGGACUUAGGAUGUAGGAAAGAGGAGAGCCGUAGGCCUCCACCUGAGCCCCCCACAAGGACUGAGCCUGGAAUAACAUCAAACCAUCGAGUAGUGGCCUGCAUUGAUGCUGGGAUAUUGGAAGAAUCAGCUGACAAGCCUGACAGUGCAGCGGAGGGAUUGGAUGUGAAUGGACCAAAGGCACAGCUGAUGCUAAGGUAUCCAGAUGGAAAGAGGGAACAAAUUUCACUGCCUGGACAAGCUAAACUUCUGGCUCUCGUGAAGCAUGUCCAAUCAAAAGGAUACCCCAAUGAACGUUUUGAACUGCUCACCAACUUCCCUCGAAGGAAGCUUUCUCACCUGGACUAUGACAUCACAUUGCAGGAGGCUGGCCUGUGCCCUCAAGAGACUGUCUUUGUGCAGGAAAGGAAUUAGCACCAUGGCCUGAGCUCUCCCAGCCUCCCUCCCCUCCUUCUCUUUGCCUGUGAUACCAACGUACUAAGUAUGCAGCUGGGCUCAUGGGAUCACCGAGCUGAAAUCAGGCAGGCAGGCAUUUGCCACAUCUCCCUCUUCCUCCUUUCUCCUAGUCUUGUGACCAAAUGAAAAUGCUAAGAUGUGAGCUUUCCCAACUUUGGGCUUGGAAAAAUCAUGCUCUAAUUGUGGAGGAACAUGCCUCCUACAACUGCACAUCCCUUUCUCAGAAUAAAAGGGUUGUCUGUGCAUCCACCAUGCUGAGGUUAGGGAUGGCCAUAACAAACAGAUAUUUCUCACUGCUACCCCUAAAAUAAAAAAAUCUAUUUUGUUAAUAUAUUUUAUUUUUAUUGAGAAAUACCAUGUGACUAGGCACUGAGUUGUCUCCCUACACAGAGAAAUUGUAAUUUGCAGUAGAGUUUUUCUUGGUUUUGGCUUUCUACACAAAAGGUCUCCGUUAACCUUACAGCCGUGUGAGGAUCCCUUGUCGUGUCCUUUGCAGAAUACUGAUUUGCUGGAAGGAUAUGGUGUGAGCUAUGUUUAGCAAUUCAGGCUAGGGAAGCUUGGUAGAUUACACAUGCAUAUUUUUCCCUCUUUUCCUGCUGAUGAGGUGACCUCUUGUUUUAAGUGAGGGUUGACCUGCCAGGGGAUUUGGCAAAUAUUUAGCAUGCCUGAUAUGGGAAUUGGAUGCUUGGUCUGAAGCUGAAACCUCCUGUUUUUAUAGUUAGAACUUACUCCUCCAGAAUCUAUUCUCUUAUUCCAAAAUGUGGCCUCUUUGUUGUCAGGACUUUAUUGGUGGUGGGAUAUUGUAAGAAUCUCAAACUUUCUGUAAAACUUUUGCCAUCAUACAACUUAAGAACUAAUUUGAUUCUUUGUUUCCUAGGUAAUUCACUUUCGUGGGGCAAUAGGGCUUUCACAAAACAGCCAGGCUAUAAGAUAAGAAAAGUAGGUUCUAGUGCUGAGGUUCCUUUUAUUAUAAAUUACAUAUAUUAAAAAAAAAAAAAAAAACUCCUCUCAUUGAUGGACAUUCCACUAAGUUAGAAUGGUCAUUUUAUUGGCUCACAUCAUCAGGGUGACUUGAACUCUCUGUAUCUGUAACAAAAGUUUUAUGAGUUGUGUAAAGCAACGAUAACUAACGUGUCAGUAUGAUUUGGGCUUUAUAUAUCUCAAAGCUAUAAAAACUGUCAAUGUAAGCCAUACAUACAUUAUGACUAAGGAAUCAGUUAACCAAACAUACAAUGCAAUGUACAGUGCAGCCAAGUAGCUUUUUGCACCAUGUACUCUCCUGUGUCCCCAGAUACUUUACCCUGAGUCUGAGCACAACUGUGUUCAAGGAUUUACAGAAGACUGCAGUGAGACAAAAGCGUUUAAUUGCUAACUCAUCCUUUUACAGACACUUGUACUGAUUCAGGAUGUUCUUUUGUAACUGAUAGUUAGCAUAUUCUGCAUUUAUGGAGGAAAACAAGCUGCUUCACGUUGGACAUAAAAAUACAGGGUUAACUUGAGAAUCAGACAAAAUUGGCAGUUUGCAUAGUGUGAAAGAUUAGUGUCCCCCACUACCCCCCAUGUCAAUGGGCUUCAUUGUGUUUGUCAGGAAAACUUAUCUCCUGGCAUCAGGGUCAAAGAAAGGAAUUAAUGCUGGCAAUAAUUUUUCCAAGUGGAUGGCUAGGAGUAUAAUGUGGGAUAAAAUUUUUCAAGAUACUUUGCCUUUAAUUUCACUCCAGGCUGCAUUCCUACAUUAAAGGAUGUUACAUGGGAAAUCAUGGCGAUGACCCAGUUUAUUCCUUAUGGGUCUUUGCAAGCUAACUGUCCUUUGCCCUUAAAACUGAGAGUUCUUAUACAAUUUGUAUAAAUAUUUAUAAGUAUAUUUAUAUAAUGCUUUAUAAAUGGAUGAUUUGACUAAAAGCACUCACAGUGCUACCACUUUUUGAGUUCUGCUCCAGUAUACAAAAGCCAGUUCUGAUCUCCAUUCCCUGUCUAGUAGUUGAGUCACAUCAGAAGUGACAUGUUGAGACUCUAAAGUGAUAACUGAUCAUUGCCACAUUGUUCUCAAAGGGGACUAUUCCUCCACUAUACUGACCCGAGAGAGAACUGCAACAAUCGCACUGGUGGUUGUGGGUGAAGGGAAAAUGGUGCUUCUAAAAUGGAGGAUCCUCUGAACCACAAAAUGCACAAUUCAAACUUGGCUGUGUAGGGAGAGGUGUAGUGGUACUCUGUAUCAUUUAGUUCUAAAUGCUUUCCUGGGCUUCCAAGGGCUAAUUGAAAUGAUUAACUCUGACACUUGUAAAAGCAGCAAAGAGUCCUGUGGCACCUUAGUGCCACAGGACUCUUUGCUGCUUUUACAGAUCCAGACUAACACGGCUACCCCUCUGAUAUCUGACACUUGUGUGCAUGAAUCUGUUUGCACCUUCCCAACUAGUGAAUGUCUGAAGAAUUUGAAGUUUAAGAACACCAAGACUUAGUAUAUAGCAUUUGUCCAUGGGCUGUUCCUUGUCCACUAAAUUGAUUAAGGCCGCAAGUUUCUGUGGCUCUCCCCUGAUGUCCCUUUAUGUACAUGGGAGUGUGGGCCUUGGCAGUUCCACUAACUCUUGUGUGAAAUUGUUUUUGUUUGGUUGGCGGGGGUGGGGGGAUGCUGAUUGUUCAUAGCCAUUUUCCGAUUCGGUAGUUGGUCCUUUUUGACAUUAUGCACUCUGUUGUGAUUUCCCUAAAUAAUUCUGUACACACGUUACAUUGAAUGGAUGGAGGGGAACUUCUCUUUCCAAACCCCAUUCUUAAUUAAAUUUUGACUUUAGCUGCAAGGCAGCCAAAAGCCAUAAAAGUGCCUUUUUAUUUUCUCUUCCUGCUCAGUUGCAAGGAGCUGGACUCUCUUAUACUGGUCAUCUUGCAUUAAAAAUCUGAAUUUGGAGUCCUGAACCAGCUUUUAAUUCAGCUUUAAGUUAUGUUAAAAGCUGCCCACCCACCUCUCAAGCAGUCUGGUCUGGCAGGGAAGCAACAAUUAUACUUUGAAAAGAAGCCACUCAUGCUUUUUAGUGGUGGAGGUAUGAAAAGAAAAUCUGCCUCUUAUCCAGUCUGGCAGUGGUUCUCCGCACUAGAUUUUUAGCAUAAUGGAAGGUGAAUUGAGAGCCUGCAGCUUGCUCCCAGUUCGUUUUUAGGCAAAUAACAAUUUUAAAAAGAGCCCAGCUGUUGGACAGGGAGGGAGGUGAGGGAUUUCAGUUGUCAACUGCCUUUUCCUUCUACUCCAUCCCCUGGCCCAACUGUACUUUAACUACUGGGUGAUUAAUUUCUAUAUACUUUCAUAUUCCUCCAGUGAUCAGUAAACUGCCAUUUAAUUUCCCAAACUUAUUUUCAUGAUUUUAAGCAAGCUGAAAGUAGCCAUUGGCCAGAAACUGAUGAUGAAAGGCAGCUCAGCUCACUGAGUUGGAGAUCUGAAGAGACAAGAUGUCAAAACUCCAGGAAACCUUAAAGGAAGGAAAAUAUAAUAAAAAAUAUAUCCAUAACAUACUACUUUCUCUUGUGCUGUGAACAAUAGUAGAAAGGUAUUUGGUGGAUUAAACCCCAUUCCCGAGAGAAACUGGCUUCUAAUGUUUUUUGGUUUGGGUUUUUUUGAGACGCUCUGUGGCAUGGGUCCUUAAUUUUAUGUAUCAGUAGCUGAGGUGGUGAUCACUUACUGUACCAGUACACACCCAUUGAGAAUUUUUCCUCUUAGAAAAGCGAGCUAGCUGCCUGACUUAGAUACACAGAAGGUUCAAAGAUAUGAAAUACUUCCUGCACUAUGGCUAUUUCCAGUUACUUCAUUUAACACUAUGAGUAGGUCCUUGCAAUUGCGGGCUGAAUAGCUGACUGGUCAUGGACUAAAACAUGAUCUUUGUGCCAGGCCCUUGUAGCUUGUCUCUUCCCAAGAAGCGGUUAGUGCUUGUUCUGGUUGGGUCCUUUAUCUUUCAGUUCUUUGCAUCUCUGCCAAAGUCCCAAGUUCCCCCAUAUACACAUCUGACUUUAAGACCCCCCCCAUUGCAAACAUCAACGACACAGUAUGGCUAAAGCAUUGUAGUUCGGACUCCCAAGAGUCAGUCAUAACUGUAAUUGGCCAGAGAGGCUCCUGUUAAGAGAGAUCUCUCCUCGGUCUGAACCUUAAUGCAUUGCCUCUGACAGUCCUAGUCUUUGAAGGCUGAAGGAGUGAGACUGGGAAUCUAACCUGGGAUCUACAUAGAACAGAGCAUUGACUGGCAGGAAUGUAAGCUAGCCUGGUCAGAGGUUUUUUUUGUAUUGCCACAGAAGGUGCCGUGUAAACAAAAACUUUGUCAAAUUGUUCCAUGACACUGAGGCUGAGAUGCACAUUACUUUGGAGUGGGCUGGGGAAAGGUCUCAUGUUAGUUGCAAAGGAAGGUGGUGAUGUAAGGGGCUAGCAAAGCAAAUGUUUGGAAGUGGACUUGAUGUGUAGCUUCAGGCAGGACACUUAACCUAAAUGACUGGGUUGUUUUGGUCUCACUAAUGAGUGUUACUUUGUUGGGUCUGUCAUGAGGAGUACUAGAGAGUAGAGGUGUGUUUAUAGAAUGGGAGUCCAUAUCCUUGGCAGAUACGGGAGGAAAUAGCCAUCUCCAUCCUCUCAGGUUAAUGAUAUUUCAAACUGAUAUUUUGAGUUGUAGUUCCUUUUUUUUUUUUUAAAGGAGCAAUUUGUCCCACAUGUUCCAUUUGUCUUGUUUUGCUCUCCAGCUGUUAAUUCCUUGAAAAUUAAUCAUGAGUAUUGCAGUUAAUCAUGACUAGGAGUUGACGUGUACAGUAGCUUUAUAAACAUCAGAUUAAGAGACCAUCGAUUUAAAAGAUGAUGAUAUUGGUUCAUCCCUGCUGAGGAGGAAUUUGAGAUGAGUGACUCCCAGGAUACUGGGAACCAUGGUCCUCUUAUAGUCAUCUCCUCCACUCCCAUGUAGAGUGAGCAAUCACCACUGUGUUAGGUUUCCAGACACAGCAUAUAGUAAAGCAAGCUGACCGAAAGUUUCAACCUUGCAACACACUCUGCCCAGAGAAGGCAGUGAGGGCCUGAGCAUAAGCAACUGGGAGUCUUUUCACUGACUUCAGUGAGCUUUGAAUUAGGACCUAAAAGAUUGGUGUUGUACACUCACAUCCUAAGCUUUGCUUCUGGAUGCACAUUGCACUCCCUGGUAAAUCACCAAAUGUGCUCAUACUCUUUCUUUUUGAAAUUGUCUAAUAGCCUUGUAAUUACAGGCUUUUACAGUCUUAUUUUUAAAGUGUUAUUAAAUUAUAGUGACACAGUAUAGUAUUACAAAGGGUGUCAGAGUUAUCAAGAGUUGUUUAAACAGCAUUUCCUUAGCUGUGCUACAUCAAAGCUUUUCGAAAAGAGCCAAAUCUGCUAGUCUGUUAGUACAGUAGAGUGAAAAACUUUGGGGGGGUGGGGGAUGCAUUCCAUUGCUAUAGGGUGACCAGAUGACAAACAUGAAAUAUCGGGAUGCGG